AGUGCCCCGGUGACCCGGAAGUCGCCGGGCGCCGUGACCAAGAUGGCGGUGAUCGGGCUGUUUCGAAGCCUGUUCCAGGUUAAUCGAAUUCCAGUUUUGAAUUAUGCUAGCCACAAUAUGUUAACAAUACACCUUUGCAGUAAAAGGCCAGCAUUGACACUGUCAGCAGGAAUCCAUUUGGGGUCUCCACACUAUAUCACAGCUCCCCUGGCAGCAGUAACAGAUGAGCCUGAUACACUGUACAAGAGGAUCUCUGUGUUGGUGAAGGGCCAUGAUAAAUCUGUACUGGAUAGCUAUGAAUAUUUUGCCACACUUGCUGCUAAAGAACUGAAUAUCACUGUUGAUAAAGUGUAUGAGCCUGCAAGGAAAAUUGAUAGAAUGACACUUCUCAAAUCUGUUCACAUUUUCAAGAAGCACAGAGUUCAGUAUGAGAUGAGAACACACUACAGAUGCAUAGAGAUCAAACAUCUGACUGGAAGCACUGCUAAUGUGUAUUUGGAAUAUAUCCAACGCAAUCUUCCAGAAGGGAUUGCUAUGGAGGUGACCAAGACCAUAUUAGAAAAGCUACCAGAACAUAUUAAAGAACCUGUUUGGAACAUGCAUUCUUCUAAAAAUGAAGGAAAACCAGACAGUUAAAGCCAAUGGAAAUUCUCAUGUAACUGUUUAUGACAUUUUUAAAUUAAAAUAGCUCACUAAAUGCUA